AAUUUGGUGACGUUUGUUUAGGUGUGUCUGAUCGCCUGCUUGAAAAUUAUUUUAAUUGCAAACUAUUAAAUAUAUCAGACGUUUUUCAAUAAAAUUACACAUUGAUCGAGGUAAGUCUUGUAUUAUUUAUGUGUAAGUAUGCGUUUUGUUAUCAUUUGAGGGAGGUAUAUUUAUUUGUGCUCAGGCAAUAGUACUGCUACUCUUCGUCACAGGACCCAGAAGUCAUGGAAGCACGUUGAAAUGUUUACGGCUGGAAAGCUGAACGCUGCCUUUAGAAUACGGUUUAUUGGUUAGAAAUAACUGCAUUGUAUGCAAAUACAGCUUCGAACGUAGGCAACAAGCAGGAUAUUCUUGAAGGUUGCUGAUAAUAAAAACGUUGGAAGGUAGUUAACUUCAAAUCCAUUACUGCAACAGUUGGCAGGUAACUGUUAACUGUGCAUGAAAAGGAGCUGGUAACUUUUUUAGAGUUAAGGCAAACAUGGUGUCGUCGUUUGUCGUUCCAAUUAUUGACGUUCAGAAUGAUAACUUCAAAGAGCUUUGGCCUGCUAUGGUUGUCGCUAUUAAAACGUCUUCUUUCGUUGCACUAGAUACGGAGCUGAGUGGUCUUGGAAACAGGAAGUCUCUGCUCGCAGAAUCUAUAGAGGACAGAUAUAAAGCCAUAUGUCAUGCAGCUCGCUCUCGCUCCAUCCUCUCCCUGGGCAUUGCCUGCUACAAGAAACUUGAUGACAAGGCUGAAGAUGCAUAUCUGGUCCAGGUCUAUAACCUCACUCUACUGUGCUCAGAAGAGUACAUCAUAGAGCCCCAGUCAGUCCAGUUUCUGGUGCAGCAUGGAUUUGACUUCAACCAACAGUAUGCUCAUGGAAUCCCAUACUGCAAGGGAAAUAAUAAGGAUCGAUCAGACGAUCGGGGUGUGCACAUCAGGGCGUUGUUCACUGAACUGCUCCGUGCGAGGAAGCCAGUCGUGCUCCACAAUGGCCUGAUUGACAUGGCUUUCCUUUACCAGUGCUUCUAUGCUCACGUGCCUGAGCGUCUGGCCACCUUCACAGCUGACCUGUCUGAAAUGUUUCCUGCUGGAAUUUAUGACACUAAAUACAUCACUGAAUUUGAGCUCCGGCUCUCUGCAUCCUAUCUGGAGUAUGCCUAUAAGAAAUGUAAGCUGGAUAACAGUCGUGGUGUGACCUCCACAGGGACUACACCUCAUAUUCAGGUGGAGUUCUGUCAAUAUGCCAAGCAAAUGUCCAGCUAUGUGGACUACAGACCGUGUCCAGCUGUCACCUCGGCCGAUGGACACACGGAAACCUGUCAGCGCUUCUCUGCAUUUGGCUGGUGUCCAAAUGGCAACCAGUGUCCAUUAUCUCAUGACACUGACCUUAUCGUUCUCCAAGACGAGAAAAGUAAAGAGGACAAGAGGAAAAAGAGAAAGAGGCAAAAGAAGAAGCGGUCUAGAGAAGAGGUAGAGGAAAGCUCCAGUGUAUGUGAAGGUGCCCCUUGUAACAAGUUACCCCACAUGGAGGUGGAUACCGAUGAAACACCGGAUGUCCAGCAUGUGGCCUGCUCUGACAACAUGCAAUCCAAUGAAGGAGACAGCAUGAAAACAGGCAGCCAGGGGAUCAGUGUGUGUGAAGGCAACGGAGACUGCACCCAGACUAACAACACAGUCAAUACAAAUGACCAAAGUAAAACAGGAGGAGACAGUGAAAAUAAUGAACACAUCAAAAAGGCAGACAGUCAGAAAAAGAAAGCUGAUGCAGGAACGCACCGAGCAGGGUUUGAUGCCUUCAUGACAGGAUUCAUCUUUGCCUACUCACAUAGGCUCAUCAAGUCAGAAGGAGUGGAAGCUGAUGUACAGGAGAAAGAGCAGACCUGGCUCCCUAGUUGUCUCAAUAAGGUCUACCUAAGCGGCAAGGCGACUCCUCUCAACGUGGUCAAAAGCACCUUCUCAAAGUCGUCCAAGGCCCAUGUCCAGAAGAUGGAGAUGGUGUGGAGUGAGAGGAUGUAGAUUAUUAUCAAUUUUACUGUACUAUUCAUGCACCUCAGUGUAUCAGUCCAGUCGACUUAUGCUUCAGUGACAUUUAAUGUAAUAUUAGAAUGAGGGAGACAGUUUUUUUCCAUCUUAAUUGCUAAAACUCAGGUAGAGAUUUUAUUUUCUGCUUUCAGGUCAACAUUUUGUUUAAUUUGACCUGACCUUUUUUGGCCUGUUAGUCAAAUAUUGGUAUGCUAAACAUUAAUAUUAUUAUUUCAGCAGCACUUGUGAUAACUUUUUUCUUUUAAAUAAAGAUGUUGAACAUUUGAUGACA